UGUGCAGUGCUUUCCGCGACCCAUGAUGAUUUUGUGGAAUUUUUAAAUAGCAACCUUUCACCUUGACCACUGAUGGAAGAAUGAAGCGCAACACGGUUUGGCCCUCCUUUUAUACUGCCGCAAAACGCUGCCGGCACUCAAAACUCAGAUAAGUAGCGCACCAAAAAUGAGAGUAUAAAAGGCAAAAAUCGGCUAUUGCAAAUUCAGUACGCCUCGAACUGUUGGCGAUGACACCUAGUGAACGCAAAAAAAUACACAAUUUUUUUUUCCUAUUUUUAUGUCCACCAGUGUACCAAUGUAUACAGCAAAUCGUUUACAACGAUGGGCAUGAACGCUUCUGCUCUACGAUUUUUCGAUAAACUAUAACUCUACAGAUAGUUUUGGUCGCGCCGACGUAUUAUCACGUCUUAUCAAUCGACAUGUGCGGCCAGAUGAAGAGAUGCUGAUAGCUAAUCUCACUUUCGAAAAAAGUAUUCGGAGCAUCUUGAACGAAUCACUGCAAGCAGUCCUAUUGUCGUUCAAGACAAUUCAAAAUACAACCAAAAAUGAUGAUACCUUACAACAAAUCAUCAAGUUCAUUAAGGAAGGUUGGCCUCCUAAAACCAUCAUAAAGGAUCCUAAAAUCCUACAAUUUUAUCAACGACGAGAUGGACUGUCUGUCGUAGCAGAUUGUAUUCUGUAUGGAGAGAGAUUGGUCGUGCCUCCCAGUUCCAGGGAAAGUGUCCUCAAGCAGCUACACAAGGGACACCCUGGUAUCGAACGCAUGCGCUCUAUCGCACGGCAGUAUGUGUACUGGCCAAACGUCGAUGAAGACGUUGCACAUAUCGUAAAAUCGUGUAUCGAAUGUUCUAGUGUUGCGAAAACAGAUAGAAAAACAACUCUUGAAUCCUGGCCAGUUCCGGAAAAAGCAUGGCAAAGGAUACAUCUCGAUUAUGCAGGGCCUGUUGACGGUUACUACUAUCUGAUUCUGGUUGACGCAUACUCUAAGUAGCCAGAAGUGAUGCGCACUAAAGACAUCACCACAACCGCAAUAUUGCGCAUGCUCCGCAAUAUUUUCGCAAGACACGGACAACCUGAAACAUUGGUCACUGAUAAUGGUACACAAUUUACUAAUAAUAUGUUCAAAACAUUCUGUGAGCACUAUAGUAUUGUGCAUUUGAAGACUGCUCCCUUUCAUCCGCAGUCAAACGGACUAUCAGAAAGAUUCGUCGACACAUUCAAGAGAGUCUUUAAAAAUAUUACAGCAGAGGGGGAAACGUUAGAAGAAGCCAUCAACACCUUUCUGCUGUGCUAUCUUUCAACACCAUGUCGUAGUUCACCGGAAGGAAAAUCACCAGCUGAGCACAUUUAUAAAAGACCAAUACGAACAGCUCUCGAAUUAUUACGUCCACCCUCUUCAUCGCACAAAGUGAUGAUAACUGUUGGGAAAACUGAGCGCAGCACCGCUACUCAACCCUGUCGCCACGUGACAAGGGCUUGACGUACGCGUUCGGCUAAGCUCGGCGCUGCUCGGCUAAGUUCGCGACUGAAGGGCUCGGGAUCGGCCUCUUCAUCUUUUAUCCGCCGACCCGGACGGACGUAGCGCGUGCUCGUCCCGUUUUAUCUUGUACAGUGCGUGUCUUGUAAACGCGUUUAUUUUAUGUAAUUUUUAAUUUGUUAAAAUAAAUAAGUGAUAAGUUGCAAACCAUAAAAGUGGCGACGAGUAAAAAGGAAAAAGACUUUAGUAGUGAAAAAAAGUGUAAAGUAAUACGUGUGCAAAAUUCCGUCAACGCGUAAACGGCGCCGAAAGGACACGAGUCCGGAAGACAUCGAGAUGGAUGAAGAGCAGCGAAGACUUUCGCAGCAUUUCGAGGUUCCGGGACCGGUAUUUCUGCAACCGGUAAAUGAUCAGCCCCUCCUGCCCAACGCUCCUGCCAUGGAUCAGCCCACGGGAGUCCAACCAUCGACAAGCCAGCAAUUGCCAUCGUUCCAGCCAGCGACAAGCCAGCAAGCGCCAUCGUUCCAGCCAGCGACAAGCCAGCAAGCGCCAUCGUUCCCGCAAGCCACAAGCCAGCACCCACCAUCGCUGUCGAAUUCAUCCGCAAACGGUGAGCCCUCAAUGAUCCAAUUAAUGCAACUUUUGCAACAUCAAAUGCAACAGCAACAGCAAAUGCAGCAAAUGCAGCAACAGUUGAUGACAAAAUUAAUGCAGCAGCAGCAGCAGCCGGUAUCACAACCGGUAACAGCAUCACACACACAGCAGCAGUUCCAGCCACCCAACCCGGAGCAAAUCCUUGAUGCAUUGGCCAGUAACAUCACCGAGCUCCGCUUCGAGGCCGAAGCCGGAAUCACGUUCGAGGCCUGGUACUCACGGUACGAGGAUUUAUUCAUCAAUGAUGCUGCACGGAUUGACGAUUCCGCAAAGGUGAGGCUGCUCAUGCGUAAGCUGGGUGCAAUGGAGCACGAAAGGUACGUUAAUUUUAUAUUACCCCGUUAUCCUCGUGAUUUUACGCUAGAAGCCACAAUCGAGAAGCUAAAAUCAAUUUUUGGCAAGGCUGAAUCGCUACUAAGUAAGCGUUAUAAGUGCAUGCUGCUCAAUAAAUCCCGUUCCGAAGAUUUUCUGGUGUACGCGUGUCGUGUCAAUCGAGCGUGUGUCGAUUUCCAGCUAAAAGGGAUGAGCGAAGAGCAGCUUAAGUGUCUCGUUUUUGUGUGUGGGUUAAAGGAGGAAACGGAUAAAGAUUUUCGGCUCAAAUUGCUCACUCGCAUAGAAGAGCGCGCUGAUGUAACACUCGAGCAGCUUUCGGCGGAGUGUAACCGUAUUGCAAAUUUAAAACUCGACAAUGCAAUGAUUGUGGGCGAAAAGGGAGAGCAAGUGUAUGCUAUACAAAAUGGCGAUCGGCAGAACAAGCCGAAUUUUCGCGCAAAGAGAUCACGCCCGCGCUGGGGAAAUCACGAUGGCCGAUCAGGAAACGAUAAGCCGUCCAAUCCUUGUUGGCUGUGCGGUGAACUGCAUUGGGUAAAAGAUUGUCCGCAAGCUACACAAAAGUGUCGAGUAUGCAACAAGGCUGGUCAUCGGGAAAAUCGCUGUCGCAAUCGAAAAGGUGUUCGCCGGGGAAGAAAUCAAUUUUUUUCUACUAAUACCGUUAGGGUGUGCAGCGUACAAACAAACCGCAAAUUUGUCAAUGUAUCCAUCAAUGGAACGGUCAUACUCCUGCAGUUGGAUACAGCGUCUGACAUAACCGUCAUAGACGAAACAGCAUGGAGGAAAUUAGGGCAACCAUCAUUGGUGAAGCCUUCAGUAAAUGCGAAAACUGCCUCUAACGAAGAACUGAAGCUUUUGGGGGAAUUUUCAUCAACAGUUUCAAUAAAUAAUGUCACACAACCAGCGAUCAUUCGCGUGGCGCCGGGUGAGCUACUUUUAUUAGGAACAGAUCUAGUGGAUCUUUUCGAGCUUGCAUCAGUUCCUAUGAAUACGUUUUGUGCUACAAUUUCUACUCACACGCAUAUCCCUCAGAAUCUGCAGAAAAGUUUUUCGGAAGUUUUUAAUGGCACGGGGCUCUGCACGAAAGCGCAAAUCAGAUUGCAGCUGAAAGAAAAUAGUCGACCCGUUUUCCGUCCAAAACGGCCAGUUGCAUAUGCAAUGCAGGCAGUAGUCGACGAUGAGCUCGAACGGCUAGAAAAAGCUAAAAUAAUAACGCCGGUUGAUUACUCCGACUGGGCCGCUCCAAUCGUCGUCGUUCGUAAGAGCAAUGGUAACGUUCGAAUAUGUGGUGAUUAUUCGACCGGGCUAAACGAUGCGUUGCAGCCUCACGAGUAUCCCCUACCAUUGCCAGACGAUAUUUUUGCGAAAUUAGCCCACUGCCAAUAUUUCAGCAAAAUAGAUUUGUCGGACGCUUUUUCGCAAGUCGAGAUCGAGGAGUGUUACAGACCUCUCUUGGCGAUAAACACGCAUCGGGGACUUUACCAUUAUAACCGUUUGCCUCCCGGCAUAAAAAUCGCGCCCGCGGCUUUUCAACAAAUCAUCGACACGAUGCUCGCCGGUCUGCACGAUACGUCAGGUUACAUGGACGACGUAGUCGUUGGGGGCAAAACCGAAAUAGAGCACGAUACAAAUUUGGCCAAUCUGCUUCAACGCAUAAGGGAGUUUGGAUUCACUAUCCGUGCCGAGAAAUGUGCAUUUAGGAUGCAGAAAAUCGAAUAUCUCGGCCAUAUAAUCGAUCGUAAUGGAAUCAGACCCAACCCGACAAAGAUAGAUGCGAUUAAUAAUUUACCAGCACCAACAAACAUACAGGAGGUUCGCUCAUUUUUGGGUGCUAUUAAUUAUUAUGGCACAUUUGUUCCCAGGAUGCGGGAUUUGAGGUACCCCCUGGACGAGUUACUAAAGGACGGUAACCAGUUCCUCUGGACGAAGCAGUGCGAGGAGGCCUUCAACAAAUUUAAACGUAUUUUAACAUCUGACCUGCUUAUAACUCACUAUGACCCUAGAGCUGAAAUCAUCGUAGCCGCAGAUGCCUCCUCCGUCGGACUGGGUGCAACAAUAAGUCACACAUUUAAAGACGGGUCAACAAAAGUGGUUCAACACGCGUCCCGUGCAUUAACAAAAGCCGAAGCAGCAUAUAGCCAUAUAGACCGCGAGGGAUUGGCUAUCAUUUUUGCGGUGACGCGUUUUCAUAAAAUGCUGUACGGUAGCCAUUUCCGGCUUCAAACCGAUCAUCGACCCCUGCUACGAAUCUUUGGCUCCAAAAAGGGAAUACCUGUCUACACGGCGAAUCGGCUCCAAAGAUUCGCACUAACAUUGCAGCUGUACGAUUUCCACAUCGAGUACAUACCAACGGACAAAUUCGGCAACGCAGACGUACUAUCCCGGCUUAUUGACAAGCAUGCUAAGCCGGACCCAGAAUAUAUGAUUGCCAGCAUCGAGCUUGAGGAAGCUGUAAGUUCUGUAGCCAUAAAAUCACUAAACACUUUUCCGAUUCGUUUUAGAAAAGUUGAAAAGGCUACAUGCAACGAUGUUUACUUCGUAACGUAUAUAGGUACGUCACGAACGGUUGGCCAAGGAACGUCAUACUCGGCAAGGAUCUGGCACGCUUUUAAAGCCGGAAGGACGCCUUAA